AUGAGUGAUUGUUACAGAAAGCACUUCUUUCCUCUUGAGUCUGAUCCCGCCAUUUUUACCGAAUUAAGCCACCUACUGGGAAGCCCUGCCUCGCUUAUUUUCGAGGAUGUGCUGUCCUUGGAUGAGGCAGAGCGUCUCCCUCACCCGGCGCUAGCCCUAGUCCUCGUCCUUCCAACUACGGCAGUAUACGAGAAGCGCAAGCAGCAUGAGGAUGCAUUGUCCGACGUGUGCCCGCAAGCCGACUUGGAGGAGGACGUUGUGUGGUUUAAGCAAACCAUCAACAACGCCUGCGGUCUUUACGCACUCCUUCAUGCUCUGGCAAAUAGCGAGGCCCGGUGCAUGAUCCGACCGAGUUCCGUCAUGGCUAGAGUCAUGAACGCUCCACCCGGUCAACGCUACCUUAUCGUAGAAGGUUCAGAAGAACUCGAACGGGUCUACGCCAACGUCGCCACGAAGGGCCAGUCCAUUAGCCCUGCCAGCGCCGAGGACGAGCUCGACCUUCACUACGUUUGCUUUGUUCGGUCUCAGAAGAAUGAGGCAAUUGACUUUGUGCAAGCCGCGUUACAGUAG